CGGUAACGGCGUGCGUGUCCGAAGCGGCGUGUUGCUACAUAUACCAACAGUAAUAAUAUAAUUCUCAUUCAGAAACGCUAACGGUGAACCUGCAGAGAUGUGUGGCAUCUGGGCUUUGUUCGGCAGCGACGACUGCCUCUCGACGCAGUGCACGUGUGCCAUGAAGAUCGCGCACCGCGGGCCUGACGCCUUCCGCUUCGAGAAUGUCAACGGCUUCACCAACUGCUGCUUCGGCUUCCACCGGCUGGCCAUCGUCGACCAGCUGUACGGCAUGCAGCCGCUGCGGGUCAAGAAGUUCCCCUUCCUCUGGCUCUGCUACAACGGAGAGAUCUACAACCAUCACAGGCUGAGGAAGAAGUUCGAGUUCGACUACCAGACCAAGAUGGACGGUGAGGUCCUGCUUCACCUGUACGAGCGGUUCGGGAUCGAGAGGAUGGCCUCUCUCCUGGACGGGGUGUUCGCCUUCAUCCUGCUGGACACGGCCAACCGCAAAGUCUUCCUGGGGAGGGACACCUACGGGGUGCGCCCCAUGUUCAAGAUGAUAACGGACAACGGCUUCCUCGCAGUCUGCUCCGAGGCUAAAGGCCUGACGGAGAUCACGCACUCGAUGUCCACCCCGGCCGAGGUCACGCCCUUCCCCCCCGGACACUUUGAGGUGUUCGACCUGAAGGCCAACGGCAAGGUGGAGUCCAUCCAGCUGGACCGCUACCACAGCUGCACGGACGAGCCCAAGCACGCCAUCUACGACAGCGUGGAGCCACUCCCCUCAGGUUUUGAGCUGGAGACGGUGAAGAGCAACAUCAGGACUCUGUUUGAAAACGCAGUGCGCAAACGGCUGAUGGCUCACAGGAGGAUCGGCUGCCUUCUGUCCGGUGGGCUGGAUUCCAGCCUGGUUGCUGCGAUGCUGGUGAAAUUGGCUAAGGAGGCGGAGCUGAAGUACCCAGUUCAGACCUUCUCCAUCGGUGCGGAGGACAGCCCCGACGUCCUGGCGGCCCGCAAGGUGGCGGCGCACAUCGGCAGCGAGCAUCACGAGGUGAACUUUACCCCCGAGGAGGGCAUCAGUGCCUUAGAGGAGGUCAUCUUCCACCUGGAGACGUACGACAUCACCACCAUCCGCGCCUCCGUCGGAAUGUAUCUGGUUUCCAAGUACAUCCGGGAGAAGACCGACAGCGUGGUGAUCUUCUCUGGGGAGGGGUCUGACGAGCUGACCCAGGGAUACAUCUAUUUCCACAAGGCCCCAUCGCCCCAGGCAGCCGCGGAGGACAGUGUGCGUCUGCUGAAGGAGCUGUUCAUGUUCGACGUGCUGAGAGCCGACCGCACCACCGCCGCCCAUGGGCUGGAGCUGAGAGUUCCCUUCCUGGAUCACAGAUUCACCGCCUACUACCUCUCUCUCCCUGAAGAGAUGAGGGUUCCAAAGGACGGGGUGGAGAAGCACCUCCUGAGAGACGCGUUUAAGGGGAUGAACCUGAUUCCAGAGGAGAUUCUGUGGAGACGCAAAGAGGCCUUCAGCGACGGCAUGACCUCCGUGAAGAAGUCGUGGUACUCCUGCCUGCAGGACCACAUCGAGUCUAAGGUGAACGACACCCAGCUAGACAAAGCUGUGUUCAGCCACAACCCUCCCCGGACGAAAGAGGCCUACUUCUACCGGCAGAUCUUUGAGAAGUACUACCCCGGCCGGGCCUCCUGGCUGUCCCACUACUGGAUGCCCCGCUGGAUCAAGGCCACAGACCCGUCCGCCCGGACGCUGUCCAUCUACAAGCCUGACAAGGACGAGUGACCGCACCCGUCACCACGGCAAUGGAGGUGAUGCACACCUGCCUUUAACCCCCCGCCCCGCCAACCCCAACAGCACUUAGCAGCCCCACCUUGCGUUCUCAAACAAACCCCGAAAUAAAACGAAGGACUCUGGUAAUAAUGCUCCAUAGUACUCACCAUAACCCGCCAACAGCAGUGUGUGUGU